UACAAAUUCUGGAAGCCAAUCACUCAAUAAUAUGCGGCUGCCGAACGAGCGUCGGUGAGUCAGGAAUCAGUCACUUAGUGAGUUAAAUAGCUCUCUGGAGUGGUUCCCCAGGGGCAGGCGUCAUGAUCACCGACGCAAAAGCGGCCAGCGACGUGAUCAAUCUCCUAUGACUAUCUCACAGCACAGACGACUAUCUAACGGAGUUGAAGCCCUACAUCUACGACUUUCAGACAUCUUGUGAUGAGUUCGAUGCUGACAACGCGACCACAGAGGAGCUAACUAGUUUUCUUCUUCCUCGAUGUAGUUCAAGUUGUACUAGUAGGCCAGUGGUUUUGACCUACAACCCCAACCGUACAAGCGAAGCGAUGGAGAAGAUUAAAAUCGCAGAAGCAUUCACGAACUACGCUAUUCCAAGUCUAGAAGGUCACGCUAGUUCUCUUAGUGGCCCGAAGUAUUGCCUAUCGAUGUGUUCUCCUACUGAUCAAUCGUUUUCUUCUACUGCAGUAGGAGCAACACCAUCCAACACUACAAGCAGUUCGUCACCUUCUUCUACGAAUCAAACACUUCGACCGGAUUCAAAUCAUUCGCUUCAACCGGCUGAAGAAGUAGAUCCUCAAGAGUAUGACGAUCGGCAGAACUAUGAAGAAGCUAGUGGUGAUGAUAGUAGUGACGACAGCAGUCCUAUCCUCAGCACCACUAC